AACCAAAUACAAACCACAACAUUGAAGUGGGGGAGAGGGGGUAAAAAAUGAUAUUGUCAUUUUCCCCAAAAUUUAUGACCAGGGUUGUAGCUAGAGUUGUUGUUAUUAGGUUAGUUUUUCGAUGAACAAGAUGUUUCUGCACGUAACGAAGCUAGUAUUCUUGAGUAUCCAAUAGUGCUCUAUCUCUCUCUCCAUUAUCUACUAUACUAGAGCCCCUGAGAGGUGACAUACUGAGCAACUAUUUGGUUCUAUUAUAAUUAGCUUAGCUAGCUAUACUGACGCCACUUCAUUAAGAUCAGUUGGAGACAGAAAAAAGGAAACAGGCUUUACCUCACCUUUGAUACCUUUGAUAAUCAUUCAGUCUUCUAGACUUCGUCUACGUCGAUGACGCCGGCGACUUCUGUCUGUCUGUCUGUCUGUCUGUCUGUCUGUCUCUCUGUCUCUCUGUCUAACUAUCUAUUAAAAGGUAGAGCACGAGAAGCAGCAAAGACAUGCUGCAUCUGUUGAAUAAUAUUUCUUUAUGCUUUAAUAUAUUUCUAACUUGAAAAAUGAACAACUGUAAAAGUUUACAAUCAGCUUAUAGUUUAUAUAUGGAACAUGCUAGAAAGUACUAGUAAACAAGCUAUAGAAGUUUCAAGAAAGUUCAAAAUGAUGUUCAUAAUACAUGCAUGAUGUCAUGUUUAUGCAUGUGUAAAUGUUCUGGAAUAAUCCACUAUGUUCUAGUAUAUGGAUAGAGUGUAUAAUUUCAAUAACAUGUCAACUAUGCUGUUAGUAUCAGCCACUCCAUUUAGAGGCCACAUCAUAAUAGAUAUUAUUACUAUUAUUAUAUUAAGGGAGAUAGGAUGAGAAAUGUUUGUAGACUUGACAGAAAUAAUAGAGUUAAUGCCUUUCCAAACCUUGCGAAUAGACUGGGUAUAUUAAUAACCCCCUUCCAAUCUGAUUCACACUGUUAGAUCUAAACUCAAAUUCCUAUGCAUCAAGUCUGUCCCAAUUAUAUACCUUUAUUUUUGGUCUACAUAUAUAUACUAGUUGAUAAAGACCCGUGCAAAAAUCCACUUAGGCAAUAGAACAUUGAAAAAGUUGGUUGUUUAAGACGUUUUGCUGAAAAAAAAAAUUGCCAAAAUUUAGUUUAUUUGUUGCCUGUAACAUGUAGAGGUUGAAACGCUGAUCGAAAUAAUGUAUAGGAUCAUAUCUUUUCUACGAACGACUAAAGACAUAUAAGGGUUUAAAAAUUUUGCUGACAUCAGCAAUGGCCCGUUAAUAAUAAUAAUAAUAAUAUAUUUUUUACCAACAAUCUACAGUUACAAGUAUCCAGUAAAUAUAUAAAGCCUAGAAAUAUUAAUUCAUUUUUAUAUAUACUAUAUGUUAAAGCUUACCUCCUGAGAAAAAUCAAGUUGACCUAAAUCGAUUCAUAACAUCUUCAGAAAAAACAAUUUAACGUUUAUUUUGUUAAAAUCACUAUUGUAUUCAAGAAACCAGACAAUGUUUACCUCAUGUUUUUAAGCCUUCACCUCACUUGUUCGCCAUUUUGCAAGUGAGCAUUUAAGAGUAUAAUUAUGCGCCUGACGUCACUAGUUAGAUGCUCACAUUCGGACCCCCGGGAUGAGAGGCGAAACUUUGCGGAUGUGAUGUGAUGUGAUUUGUAAAAAAAAGUUCAACACGUUGAUGAAUAAGGACAAAUCCUUUUUUUAAAUAGUAAUAUGGCUUCUUGCCCACUUACCUAGUUGUCUUAACCACCAAAAGAAACAAGGUGUAUUUUUUUCAACUUUCCCAAAGAUCCAAAACAACGAACUAUAUGGAUCAAACUGAUCAGGAGAGAGGAUACACUUCCAAAGAAUUUUAAGAUCUGCGAAGCUCAUUUUACUUCCGAGUUCUUUGACUUUAGAAAGAAAAAAACAAAAAGGUUAGUAGAUUUUUUCAUUUUUAUCGUCAUUCAUCGAACUCAUGCGCUAUUAUCUAAUUCGAAUACGUUUACAUAUCAAAACUCACUGAUCAAAUUAAAAAUAUUUGCGGAUUCUAACUCACAAUAGCAACGACACUCCGCUUCGCUCGUCAUUAUCUUACACUUUCCACACUUGCACCACGUCCUUACAGCAACAGCAACACGUGAAGCGACUUCUUCUUGAAUAGUAUCCUCAUCACAGCUCUCCCAUCUGAAAUCCAAGUCAGUGCUUGGUCUAGUAUUUCGCCUGCUCAAAUUGAAAUUCUACAACAUUUUCCCUGUCGCUCUUUUUUUUUUUUUGCAUUGUAUUGCAAUUGAAUGAUGAUUUCUCAACCGAAGUUAGUAUUCAUUUUCAAAGUUUCCUGAUAUUUUCACGGGGGUAAACAUACUCAUUACCAAUGAAUUUCACUAGUAAAGUUUGAGUAAAUAAUUCCAAUGCGGAAGAUGAUUUACGAUCUACUAACAGGUGACGUCAGAGCACUCAAGGUGAAGAAAUUUAUAAAACAGCAUUGCGGAUGUUUUACCUCGUGUCGGAGGUGAAUUUUUGAAUCUUUGAAUAGGCAUUAUUAACUUAUAAGUGCGAAUUAAGGAAAAUAAACUUUAUAUUCGUAAAUCACGUAUGAAUAUGAGCCAAUUUAGGUCAACCUAAUUUUUCUCGGGAGGUAAGCUUUAACUAUAUCUGAGUAUAUGUUGGAGGGACAGGCCUAGGGAAACGCUAGGUUACACAGACAAACAAAUACAAAAAAAAUAAAUCUAGAACCAUGUAGAGUGUGGUACAAAAACGCGAAAAUUUUUUUUCAUAAAUUUAUAUCCUGUUACCUUCAUCAUAGACCUUGAAACGAUGAUCAAGAAAAUGUAUAGGAUCAUGUACUUUUGACAAACGGUUGCAGAGAUGGGGUUUAAAGGUUUUUUGAUGACGUCAUCAGCCCAUCUAUUCCAAAACGGAUUGGGAAACCAGGUUUUGGAAAAUUACCCAAAUUGGUCCUAGGUGCUCACUAGUUACCUACGCGGUGAAAAAUCAUUGACGUCACCACUUCGUUUCCAAGUUAUUUGACCUCUAAGUUUUAGGUGCAAUGUAAUGGCUUCAUUAAUUUAAAAUAGGAUAUUGACGUUAAAGUAGUGUUAUUGACGUCGCACUGUAACAUCAGAAAAUCUAACAUAUUAGACAUAAGUCUUUCGGUGAACUCAAAGGAAAAUGACGAUAUCCACUUUGCCUGUUACAAACAGACACAGUCUCUGUAUUAUUAUAAGAGAUACAGAUUCGUUAAAGCAUUCACUUUUCGUAGUGGAUAGGAGUUAGAAGUAGUAAAGUCAGGCUCAGUGUUAUGUUGUUCCUAGGCACUUCAGUUUCUAAUGGUGGAUUUGUAUGCCAUUCAUUCUUGCCAACAGAUUUUUUGUUGGAUUUCAGUAAAGUCUUCAGUGUUCUGCUACCAUUGUUAAAUAAAUUAUGCCUUUAUGCUGUAUAAGAAAGGCUUCACCUGUCUUGUAUAUUUAUUCUAUGCUACUAUAACAAAACAACAGCAUUAGCAACAUUUAUUUCAAAUGUUUCAGUUCUUACAAAAGUAUAUGUGUGCUGACUUCCUUGCUCUAUUUAUUGCAUCUGUGUGACUAAUUUUCUAUGCAAUUAAUCAUAGUUCCAUAAUAUUUUAGAAAAUAAAAAAAAAAAAGGCUUUCAAAGACAUGGGAUCUUUAACACUUUCUAAAAGUAUCGAAAAUGCAGAAAAAGCCCUGGCACUGUGCAUGUGCAACAAAUUUUUUGAAGCUGAAAGUUUUCUAGAACCAUUGGAUGAAAGCUGUAUGUAUCACACAAUUUCAAAGGCAACAAUAUCAUAUUUACAAGCACUUCUAACCUAUGAACAGGAAUAUAUCGAAAAAGCAUAUGAAAAAGUAAAGAUAGCUUCACACUUAUGUGACAGGUAUCGCAAACGACAGACAUGGAGCGAAACUUUUUAUAACUUUAUGGGAAGACCAUUCUUUGAUGAUUUUACAGAGCUGGAGCUGCAUGCUGAACUCUGUUAUGCAGAAUGUUUACUUGAGCGAGCGAUGCUGACAUUUAUUCAGGAUGAGAAUUUGAUCAGUUUCAUAAAAGGAGGAUUGAAAAUUCGAAGUGCAUACAAUAUGUACAGAAGUUGUAUGCAUGCAUUAGAGCAGAAACCAAAAGCAUUAGAAGAUUCUGAAAAUAAGAUCGAUUUUGAAAGCGGAGUUUACAUGGGAAUGGGAUCUUUCAAUGUGCUGCUAUCAUUGCUUCCCGCUAGAGUUCUCCGGCUGCUUGAAUGGGUUGGCUUUUCUGGAAAUAAGGCUAAUGGACUAAAAUGGUUAAAUGAUGGUUACCGUUUGAAAGGACUUCGGUCACCAAUAUGUACAAUUACAUUACUUGGCUAUCAAAUAGUCAUUUCACCAAUUCUAGGUAUUGGAGAUACAGACAUACCAUAUUCACAAUCAGUUUUAAAUGUUUACCUUGAAAAGUUUCCGAAGAGUUCCAUAUUUCUUUACUUUUCCGGCCGACUAAAACAAACACAAGGUCAACUGAAUGAAGCUCUUGAAUUAUAUGAAAAAUCAGUAUCGCUAAAUAUCGAUUGGCAGCAAAUGCAUCAUAUCUGUUAUUGGGAAAUGAUGUGGUGUCACAGCUUUCAGUCAAAUUGGCUAAAAGCAGCUGAAUAUGCAGAGAAACUUUCUAUUGAAAGCAAAUGGUCAAAGAGCUCAUAUCUGUACAUGCGAGCAGCUUUUUUGCUAAUGCAGCAGUUUGAAUUAAUGUAUUCUGGUAACGACAAAAAGAGAAAGAAGGCUCAGCAAAUGACGUCACAAAUAGAGGUUAUUUUGGACGAUGUGGGAAAAUACAAACAACGAAUUGCUGGAAAGUCAAUUCCUUUCGAGAAAUUUGCUGUGCGUAGGGUUGAGAAGUAUAAGGACGCAAAGAAGCUUAUUCUACCUGGUUUAGAAAUCAUCCAUAUUUGGAAUGGCUUUACGAUGUUUACUGAUCACACAGAGACACUUCGUCACUUUCUGCAUUUGUGUGAAGUAGCUUUAGAAGAAGUGUUGCGACAACCAGCCUCGAAAGAACGGAACGACGAUGUCUGUCUAUGUAAUUUAUUACAAGGAAUUUGUUUGCGUUAUUUGGGAGAAAUUAAAAAGGCGGAAAAGGUUUUCAAUGCAGUGACUGCCAGUCCACUAUCUUGUCACUCGAGUAAAAUGGAUAGUUAUUUUCCUCCAUACGCGUCAUGCGAACUGGGUUUUAUGUAUCGUGACGUCGGCGAGAAUGACAGAGCUCUUCACCAGCUACAACAUACGCUGAAACACUAUUCGAAGUAUGGGUUGGAAAGUCGUUUACACUUUCGAAUUCACAGUGGUAUCGAGUCUUUAAAAUCAUUGAACAUUGGACCUACCGCACCUACCGCAAAAACCGUUGAAGAAAGUGAAGCUGAUUUUUUUGAUGUUGAUGAGUACGCUGGGGAGACAGGUUAUGGUGCUUCGGCUGUCGAGAAAAACAAGUUACAACAUGGUCAUCUAGACUGCAAGAAUGAAAUGGCGCAGAAUUAUUCACAGCAAAGCAAAGAAGAAUUGUUAAACUGGGUAAAACCAAAGAGUACUUCCUUUAGCUUGUCCACUACUCAACCGGCCAACUUCGAAGAGAGUGCUAUUACUAAUUUAAUCGUUGAUUCAAAAAUAUCGUCUAAUUCCAAGCAAGGAAAAAAGACCAAACCUGUAGAGGGGCUCAUUUCCAGAGAGGCGUCACCUUUUCAUACACCGUGUGACUCGCCCACGUUAUCUGAAGCUUCCUCGACAAUAUCGCCUACUCAUAGCAAUUUAAUGAAGAAUGGCAAAGGACGGUUGGAAGUAAGAGUAACAUCCUUAUAACAAUGUCCACUUUUCCUUAACCACGUCUUUCUACAACUAGCAACAUUGUAAGAAGUUUGACUAAAAGUUAUUAAUUAUGCAAAGCAUAUUUGUUGUUGAGCUUCAAAUGUGUCUCAUGCUUCGCACACUUGUGCACUAAUAUAAAUUUCUCUAAAUUUACCUGAAAACGUAAACGCAUUAUCUUUGAAAUAUUUUAGCAUCAAAUUAAGUCUAAAACUGCCUGAAAGUUUUGUAGGAAGUACCUUUUUUCACAAAUAACUUCCUAAUUAAAUUUCGCAGAUCAAAAUUAAAUGCGCACAAAAAGAUUCAAAAUUGACCGUCCGCGAAAUUUUUCAAUGUCCAGCAUACUCCAAUUUAUAAUUGUGACUAAUUGUGAAAUUGAAUGCCUACGAAAGUUAAUUAAAUGUCCUAUCCUAGCUCCCUUUUUUUGUAAUCUUCCACGACAAAUUUGAACUUCGAAUUGUACGAGUCGAACUGGUCCGUUUUUUUUAAAACUCCUUGAAUAACCAAUUCAGCGCUCGGUUCUUUAAAAAUACUUUUUUCUUUUUUUACAUGCAUAAAAUUCAUUAUAUAUUUUAUUUUUUUAACAUUUUAAUAAAGUCAUAUAGUCCAAAUUUGCUGCAGCACACGAAUGGUAACUUGGGAAUUUGAUAUUAAUCUAGAUCAAAUGUGUGAUACUUGCUCAUCGAAACUAUUUUUUAUCGAGUCCUAAUAAAUUUGUUUUAUGGCCGCUAUGACAACCAUUAAAUGAUUAUACGAUUUUUCUGCAUUGAUUUUAGUUCGAAAAUUUGGUUAGAUUUAAUUUUGAAUUGUAUGUAACACUUAUUUAUAUUUGAUUUUAGUAGUAAACAAAGAUGUAAUUA